AUGGAUGAGCUUCAGAAGAAACUGAACCAGAGACAUGAUGCGAGACCCCGCAAAGUGAGAUUCAAAAUCUCCUCUGCAUACAGUGGUCGAGUCUUAAAGCAGGUAUAUGAAGAUGGACAGGAACUUGAAAUCCCACAGGAAGAAUAUCCUCACAGUCUUCGACAUCGGAGCUUUGAACCCAGAGACCAUUUGUUUGGUAUCAGAGAAGCCCAAGAACCAAGGCUUUGCCCACCAGCUAAACUGAAUGCUCAGAGGAUCAGUGUAUUCAGAGAAGGGAGCAAGUAUACCCUCACAAGUAGCCCUUCCCUCUUAAAUGAGUACCAGGCAAAUGAGAACCGUCAUCCCCCCGUUUUAGAUUUUGGCAAGAUUAUCAUCUACACCAAUAAUCUGAAAAUCAUCCGAACAUCUAUGAAUAAGAAAGAACUGGUAAGAAAACUCAUUCAGAAUGAAGAUGUUGAUGACUGGUCCCUCAUGCACCGUGAAGGAGGAGGAGAAAACAGUUGCAAGAAAAGUGACGGGGACAUGAAGGAUACUGGACACCAGCUUGCACCCAAUCAGCACAUGCAAGAAGGAGAAGAUGAGAACAGCUGUUCCCAGUGUAAAGGAUCCGGCUCUGCACCCUGCUCUGUGUGCCACGGAAGCAAGUUUUCAAUGCUGGCAAACCGAUUUAAAGAAUCCUACAGAGCUCUACGAUGUCCUGCUUGUAAUGAAAAUGGCUUACAACCCUGCCAGACCUGUGCUCCAUGA